AUGCAUCAACAGCCUUGCACAAACAAGGACACAAUUAGAAAGGUAUCACGCAGUGUGCCAACAGAGGACGAGUCUUCUGUCCGGGGAACAACGUUUCUCGAGGACAGCUUCGAUGGAGCUGCGGAGUCCACGGAACGAGCCCCUGCGACCAGAAGCUCCCCGGAGACUACUGCGGGCGGCCACUCAACCGCUGUUAGUAGAACUAAUAAUUCGCACCCGGACUGCGCAGGAUCCGGAACCGUCACUGAAGUCCGCGUUGCGGACGCCUGUAAGAUCGUGCCUGACGGCCGAACCGUCGGGCGCCAAGCACCUCUCAGCGGCAACGAGGCGACCGGCGGUGCCUUGUCGGCGCUGCUUCCGGUAACAUCGUCGAGUAAACUGGACGACGUCGACGUAGCUGCUGCGUCCCCACCCGCGGCGAAGGACGAAGCGGAGCCGGUGCCCCCGGGGUCGCCUGUGUCAGAACGUCAGGUUGCAGGUCAACAGUUGCGCGAGAUCGGCGCGCAAAGUACUUACGUGAUGCAUCCCGGUACGCCCCUAGUACCGUCUCCAGACACCAUAGGCGACUGGAGUGCCGCGCUCCACGCUUUGUACAUGCCGGUCUCCACGGACGAGAGCUACGAGAAGACGUCGGUGGGCGGCCUGUGUUUUCUGUUGAUCGUGCUGCCCGCCGUGGCCAUCACCGUCAUCUACAUCCUCGCCUAUGUCAAAGGCCGCAGCCCACCGGCCCUUCCCAAGUUUGAAGUGUCUCCACUCACAGAACUCGCAGAGGCUUGUCCUGGCUCAUACGCUGCCUGGCCCGUCAGCGGCUGCCACGAGGUGAUGUCGUCUGUUCUGGAAGCCUCCAAUCCUCACGUGAAACCCUGCAGUGAUUUCUACGAGCAUGUGUGCGGUUGGUGGUCUCGAUGGAAGGAUAACCGUUCCUCGCAGGCACGGACCCAUUUAGUCUUCACGUGUUUACAAAUGUCACUGCUGUGAUUUCAAAUUUUGUUCCACUUGAGUUGCUUUGUUCCGGUAUCAGGAUAAAACGAACAAGUCAG